UGGUGUAUUGCAGGCGAAAAAACAGAUUGGAAUUUUUCCACAUACAGAUGUUCAUGGGAUUAAUCAACAUAUUCAAUGAUCCGAUUCUAUAUUAUUAGGGCUUUUUAAUAAUUAAAACAAUAUUAAUGUUACAAUCAAGUAUUUUUUGAAUUGUCUUGGCCUAGACCACAAAACAGUGGAAGCAACUGAUAACGAAACGAGAAGCGGAACUUUAUUUUCACAGCACAUCGUUCGACAGGUUUUUUUUAAAUAGACACAAUCACCAGAAGAAAACAAAACACUUCGAGCAGCUUUGUUUGCUUCUGUACUGUACUGGCAGCCUGCUACCUAUAUUCAUUAUAUUGGGGAGUUUUUAUUUUCCUCAGAUAAAUAUGUAAACCCAUGUUGUUGACGAUGGCUUCCAGGAAUAUACCAGGAAUUAAAUGACCGGUGAAGAUGGUGCGCAAUAGCAAUGGUAUCGUCAGCCCACUCCUUGCUAGCUAACGUAGCAAAUCGAAUUCAACGAAGCAAAAUAAAUAAUUGUUUAUUUUUUUAUUUGUACAAAUCUGUGACAUUACAAUUAGAUUGUGAACAAGUGUGCGGUCAUUUAGUUAUACACGGGCUCUUAUUGAGGGGACAUGCUAGCUAGCCAAGAGGUUCUAUCUAAUAGCUAGCAAAGAGCGUUAGCCUACAUUCGACGAAAGCAAAUGGCAACAAAGUAACUACCUUCCCUUUUACGGCAAUAACAGUAAUUUCACGAUCGAAGGUGUUGCGAAAUGGCCAUCUUAAAAAAGCAGUAUUGCUUCUCCGAAAGAUAACAAAUCAGAACGUUGUCAAGUUAGCUAGAUAGGUAAGGUUAUUUCUCUCGUCACUGACUGAUUGUAGUGUAGCUAUUUGUCAUGCCUGGAAUGAUAGCGUUUGGUCGGCGAUGGGGCAUCGCAAGCGACGAUCUGGUCUUCUCCGGCUCUUUUGAGCUGUUCGUCAGGGUUCUAUGGUGGAUCGGGACGCUGGCUCUGUACACUCUCCAUAAGGGGAAGUUUGACUGUUCUGGUGGGAGAGUUCUACACAGCUACCUGGUGGUUUUACUGGUCCUGUUGGCUUUCAUCAUCCUGUCUUUAUGUGCCAUCGUCUACGUCAGCGCUCAAGGGACCAUCACAAACCCGGGCCCGCGACGCUCCAUCCCGGUGCUGGUGUAUGUGCGGGCGAUACUGUAUGUCCCUGAGCUGAUCUGGGCCAUCCUGGGUGCUAUCUGGGUGUCUGAUGACAGCCGGGGCUGUGAGCCUGCUGAGGUGGGGGCCGUCAUUGCUGCAGUGGUCGCCAGUUGGAUCCUGCUGCUGUCCACAGGGGUGGGAGUGCUGUUUGUGUUCGACCCGCUGGGCAGCCGCCUUCCUGGGCCUCCGUCCCAGGAGCAGCUAGGGGUAAGGGACCUGGAGAGCAGUGAGGGCUCCCAGCUCCUGUCCACCGCCCGCUCCGUGGCUGUCAGGGUGUGGGAGAGCAGGCUGAGGCUCCUCUGCUGCUGCCUGCCUCAGGAUGAGAGCCACAGAGCUGCCUUCUCCAGCAUAGCUCAGCUAGUCAGCGGAUUCUUCUCGGAUACAGACCUGGUUCCCAGUGACAUCGCAGUGGGUCUGGCUCUGCUACAUCAGGAGCAGGAUAAGAAGGAGCAGUGUAGGGAUCCAGACGAAGUCCUGCCUCACAGCCCCUCAUCACCUAUCGCGGAGGAUCUUGAGGCAGAGCUGGAGAAGGCAGCCCACUGUAUGCAAUUUGCUAUAGCAGCGUAUGGCUGGCCCAUGUAUGUCUACUCCAACCCACUCACUGGAGCCUGCAAACUCAGUGGGAACUGCUGUAAGACCCAGUCUGCUGAGUAUGACAUUGUCGGAGGAGACAACAUGGGCUGCCAUUUCUCCUCCAUCCUCCACAGCACCGGCCUACAGUACAGAGACUUCAUCUACGUUAGCUUUCACAACCAGAUCUAUGAAAUUCCAUUCUUUGUGGCUCUGGACCAUAAGAGAGAGGCAGUAUUGGUGGCUAUCAGAGGAACACUGUCACUCCGGGAUUUGCUGACUGACCUGUCUGCAGACUGUGAGAACCUCCCAGUAGAGGGAGUGUCAGGAACAUGCUAUGCUCACAAGGGCAUGUCUCAGGCAGCCGGCUACAUCUAUAAGAAGCUCCUCAACGAUGGCAUUCUAAACCAGGCUUUCACCAUCGCACCUGAGUACAAGCUAGUCAUCACAGGCCACAGUCUUGGAGGGGGUACAGCCUCUCUCCUGGCCAUUCUAUUACGUAGCUCCUUCCCCACCCUACAGUGUUAUGCUUUCUCUCCACCAGGGGGACUUAUGAGUAAAGCCCUGGCGGAAUAUUCCAAAGACUUUGUGGUGUCUGUGGUGUUGGGCAAGGACUUGGUGCCAAGGUUGAGUUAUCCCAACAUGGAGGACUUGAAAAGGAGAAUAUUAAAAAUGGUUUCUAAUUGCAAUAAGCCCAAGUACCGUAUCCUACUCCAGGGCUGUUGGUAUGAGUUGUUUGGGGGAGAUCCUGAUGACUUCCCUACUGAGAUGGACAGAAGGGAGGAGGAACUAAGCCAGCCGCUCCUGGGGGAGGAGACACUGAUUCGUGGCUCCUCAUCCUAUCACAGCCUGGCUUCCGAGGACUCUCCGGUACACUGCGCCCACCUGCCACUUUAUUUACCGGGACGUAUACUGCACAUUACAGAGGACGGCCCAUCACGGAGGUCCUGUUUUUCCCAGGUGCGUUACCGGGCGGAGUGGUCCAGUGAGACAGCGUUCCGGAGUGUUCUCAUCAGUCCUAGGAUGAUCGCCGACCACAUGCCUGAUGCUGUACUCCGAUCACUCCACAGUAUGACACAGGACAGACCCUUCAACAUCUGCCCCUCGUCGCUUAGCAACAGCCACCUCAACGUCAUCUGAGUCACACUGCUACACACAUACACACACCUGGACAGAGCGAGCCUGACUGUCUGUUGCAAGGCUGUCCCCAGUCCUUUGGUUCCAGUUUCAUCUCUUCCCACCCCGUCUCAACCCCCCCCCCCCCCC